UAAAACCGAUGACUAUAUAAAUUCUUUGAAGAUAACUAGAUUGAAAAACUUACGCUACGAUUGGAGCGCUUGUGUCAGACGUGUACAUAUAUACGUUCACUGUAAAAAGAUACGUAUUGUGUGUCUCUGACGAUAAAUAACAAAAUGGCAUCUUACUCAGAGGAUCAAUUAGCAGAAUUUCAAGAGGCAUUUCAACUAUUUGACAGCCGAGGAGAUGGAAAAAUUCAUGUAGCUCAAAUUGGUGAUGCAUUACGUGCUUUAGGGCAAAAUCCAACUGAAUCAGAUGUCAAGAAAUUUACUCAUCAACAUAAACCUGAUGAACGUAUUAGUUUUGAAGUAUUUCUACCAAUUUAUCAAGCUAUAAGUAAAUCUCGAACUUCUGAUACUGCUGAUGAUUUUAUAGAAGGAUUACGUCAUUUUGAUAAAGAUGGAAAUGGUUUUAUUUCUUCUGCAGAAUUGAGACAUCUUUUAACCACACUGGGUGAAAAACUUAGUGAUGAAGAAGUUGAAACUUUAUUAGCUGGUCAUGAAGAUUCACAGGGUAAUAUUAAUUAUGAAGAUUUUGUUCGUCAAGUAAUGUGCGGUUAAAUUUAUACUUUAAUAGAUACAGUAAUUAUUAAUCAGAAAAAUUUUUAUCUAUUAUAAAAUCUUUUAUAAACAUUUUUUAUCUUUUUGAUUUACUUAUAUUGUAUUUUUUUAUUAUUCAAAAUUAUGUAAGAUUAUAUACAUAAUAGUUACCCCAAUUAUUUUAUAUUAGAAAUGUAGAAUAUCAAUUUUCUUUUUUUUUUGUUUAUUUGAUGUAAUGAAUAUACAUAUAUUGUGCCUUGAUGUGAGAAAUUCAUAAAAAGGUAUAUUCAAAGUCAAAACUAAUAUAAAAUUUAAA